AUGGAUGUCUACAACCUAACCAUCACGGAGUUCAUCCUCAUAGGGCUCUCUGACCUCCCUGAGGUGCGCUAUCCACUUUUUGUGAUCUUUGCUGCCAUCUAUCAGGUUACUUUGGUAGGAAAUGGAGCCAUCCUCCUUGCCAUUGGGACUGAGAAAAAGCUGCACACACCCAUGUAUUAUUUUUUGGCAAAUCUGUCCUUGUUAGAUAUAUUCUGUCCAUCAGCUACUGUACCCAAGAUGCUCAAGAACCUCUUGACGCAGAAGCAAAACAUUUCUUUUGUUGGGUGUGCUUUACAGCUGUUUUUCCUGGUGGCCCUGGCAGGGACAGAAGUCUUCCUUCUGGCUGUCAUGGCUUAUGACCGAUAUGUGGCCAUAUGUUUCCCUCUUCGUUAUACCCUCAUCAUGACAAAGGGACGCUGUGUCCUUCUCACCGCUGGUACCUGGACAGCAGGGUUUCUGAACUCCCUUCUGCACACCGUGUUCACAUUCCGCCUGUCUUUCUGUAAAUCGAAUCGUGUCAACCAAUAUUAUUGUGACAUCCCUCCAGUGGUGGCCCUCUCUUGCUCCUCUACAUAUGUGGCAGAAAUGCUUGUCUUAGUGGUAGGAGGUAUCUUGGGAAUCAGUGCCUUCUUGAUCACUGGUAUCUCUUAUAUUUACAUUAUAUCCACCAUCCUGAAGAUCCGGUCAGCAGAAGGGAAGCGCAAAGCCUUCUCCACGUGUGCUUCCCAUCUCCUGGUGGUUGGUUUGUUCUAUGGGACAACGAUAUUUACCUACAUCCGCCCCUCCUCCAGUCACCACUCCCCAGCCAGAGACAGGCUCAUCUCCAUGCUGAAUGGGGUCAUUACGCCGAUGUUAAACCCCAUCAUCUACAGCCUGAGAAAUACAGAAGUAAAAGGGGCUCUCAGAAAAGCUUUAUGUCAUAAAACAUAA